UCGCACACACACACCAAUGCUUCUUUCAUUCAUUUCAAUAAUCACAAUCUCCACACACACUGAGAUUGCGCAUCAAACCCUAACUUUCAGCUUCCACGCGGGCUCUUCUUUCUUCCACUGAAUCUGAGUUGAGCAAAUUACUCAACUAAGUUGAUAAGAUGACCAUGAAAACACCUGGAACACCAGCAUCGAAGAUAGAUAGGACACCGGUAUCAACCCCGGGAGGGGCAAGAGCUAGGGAAGAGAAGAUUGUGGUCACAGUUAGGCUAAGGCCUUUGAACAGAAGGGAGCAAUUGGCGAAAGAUCAGGUUGCAUGGGACUGCAUCAAUGAUUAUACUAUCGUGUAUAAACCACCGACACAUGAUCGUGCUUCUCAACCAGCAUCAUUUACUUUUGAUAAAGUUUUUGGUCCUGCCUCCUUGACUGAGGCGGUGUAUGAAGAAGGAGUAAAGAAAGUCGCAUUAUCUGCAUUAACAGGCAUUAAUGCUACAGUUUUUGCUUAUGGACAAACUAGCAGUGGAAAGACAUACACAAUGAGAGGAAUAACUGAGAAGGCUGUGAAUGAUAUUUACGAGCAUAUUAUGAAUACUCCCGAAAGAGAUUUCACUAUAAGAAUUUCUGGACUAGAAAUAUACAAUGAGAAUGUAAGGGACUUGUUAAAUUCAGAAUCUGGUCGCAGUUUGAAGCUUCUUGAUGAUCCCGAGAAAGGUACUGUGGUUGAGAAAUUAGUAGAAGAAACAGCGAAAGAUGAUCAACAUUUAAGACAUUUGAUCUCCAUUUGUGAAGCUCAAAGGCAGGUUGGUGAAACUGCUCUAAAUGAUAACAGUUCGCGGUCUCACCAGAUAAUAAGACUGACAAUUCAAAGCACUCUUCGUGAAAAUGCAGAUUGUGUGAAAUCUUUUGUCGCAACCUUGAACUUUGUCGAUCUAGCUGGAAGUGAGAGGGCUGCACAGACACAUGCAGAUGGCACUAGGCUGAAAGAAGGCUGUCAUAUUAACCUUAGCUUGAUGACUCUUACAACUGUUAUCAGGAAGCUGAGUGUUGGAAAAAGAAGUGGUCAUAUACCUUACAGAGAUUCAAAGCUCACACGUAUUUUGCAACAUUCCCUUGGUGGGAAUGCACGCACUGCCAUUGUUUGUACUUUGAGUCCAGCACUGAGCCAUGUAGAGCAAUCACGAAACACUCUCUUGUUUGCUACCCGGGCAAAGGAAGUAACAAAUAACGCUCAAGUUAACGUGGUUGUAUCAGACAAGCAGCUCGUUAAACAUUUACAAAAGGAAGUUGCAAGGCUGGAGGCAGUGUUGCGCACUCCUGAUCCAUCUAAAGAAAAGGAUUGGAAGAUUCAACAGAUGGAAAUGGAAAUCGAAGAGCUAAAACGCCAGAGAGAUCUUGCACAAAUUCAGGUGGAUGAGUUACGCAGAAAGCUUCAGGAUGACCAAAAGGUCUCAAACCCAGUUGAAUCACCACAUCUGCCGGUCAAAAAGUGCCUGUCAUUCACUGGUGCACUAUCAUCGCUAAAACCAGAGCUAGGAUGUGAGAGAGUAAGAAGCUCAACAUUAAGACAGUCCAUUAGGCAAUCUUCUACUGCUCCUUUUACCCUUAUGCAUGAAAUUCGCAAACUUGAGCACCUCCAAGAGCAGCUGGGUGAAGAAGCCAAUAGAGCUUUGGAAGUAUUACAAAAGGAAGUGGCAUGUCAUAGACUAGGUAACCAAGAUGCAGCUGAGACAAUUGCAAAGUUGCAAGCAGAAAUAAGGGAAAUGCGUUCUGUUAGGUCAACACCCAAGGAUGUUGAAGUUGGAAGCAUGGUUUCUGUCAACAAGAGUGUCAGUGCCAAUCUCAAGGACGAGAUUACCCGACUUCAUUCACAAGGCAGCACCAUUGCAAAUCUUGAACAGCAGCUUGAAAAUGUUCAAAGGUCCAUAGACAAGUUGGUGAUGUCUCUCCCGAACAACUUUCAACAUUCACCCAGUGAAGCAUCCCCUAAGAAUAAAAAGGAACACAAAAGGAAAAAGUUGCUUCCUUUGUCUUCAAGCAAUAUCACCAAUCGCCCAAACUUCCUAAGAUCUCCCUGCUCACCUUUAUCUACUACGCAACAAGUUUUGGAAUCUGAUAUUGAAAAUAUAGCCCCUGAGAAUGAUGAUCUCGUUUCAAUUGAUACUCUGCCUGAGUCCGAGAAGGAGACUCCAUCAAAGAGUGAAGAAACUGGAGAUGUUUCAUCGAAGGAAAAUCCUUCAGGUUAUCGACGCUCUAGUUCAGUUAACAUGAAGAAAAUGCAGAAAAUGUUUCAGAAUGCAGCAGAGGAGAAUGUAAGAAGUAUAAGAGCAUACGUCACAGAAUUGAAAGAACGUGUGGCCAAACUGCAGUACCAAAAGCAGUUACUUGUUUGCCAGGUGCUUGAACUUGAAGCAAACGAAGCAAAUGGCCACAACAUAGACAACGAAGAGUACCCAUGUGAACCAGAGGAACCCCAGGUUUCAUGGCAAAUAACAUUUAAAGAGCAGCGGCAGCAGAUCCUUGAAUUGUGGGAUCUAUGUUAUGUCUCCAUUAUUCACAGGACCCAGUUUUAUUUGUUAUUCAAGGGAGACCCAGCUGAUCAAAUAUACAUGGAAGUAGAACUAAGGAGAUUGACAUGGUUGCAAGAACACCUAGCAGAACUUGGGAAUGCAAGCCCGGCUCCUCAUGUUGGAGAAGAGCCUGCUAUCUCACUGUCAUCAAGUUUGAGAGCUUUGAAAAGAGAAAGGGAAUUUCUGGCCAAGAGACUUACAUCACGUUUGUCACUGGAGGAGAGGGAGAUGUUAUAUAUGAAAUGGGAUGUCCCUCUUGAUGGGAAGCAGAGGAGGUUGCAAUUUAUCAGCAAGCUUUGGACUGAUCCUCAUGACCAAAACCAUGUGCAGGAGAGUGCAGAAAUUGUUGCAAAGCUUGUUGGUUUCCAGACAGGAGGCAACAUGUCAAAGGAGAUGUUUGAGCUGAACUUUGUACUUCCUUCUGAUAAGAGGCCAUGGUUAAUGGGCUGGAACCCCAUAUCGAACUUUCUUAAUUUGUAAUAAAUUUUAUGUUUGUAAAUUAAGUACACCAUUAUCUUGUACAUGCUAAUUAAUUUUGGCACAUUUCUCAAUUCACAAUUAUUGUUUUGGACAAUAUUUUUUUUCCCAAUAAACUAAUCCAAUUCAUUGGAUU